AUGGGCAGAGAGCUCAUCGGAUAUGGCUCGCCUCCAUCUGGCCCACCAGGGGCCUGCUCACUUCCCAGCAGCCCACUCACCAACGAGGAGCAGGUCGGAAACUCACUUUGGGGCACGACUUGCCAGCCAACGUUCCCGAAGUGGCUCCCUGAUGAGCACGGUAGAGAGUAUGAACAGGCGCCUUGGGGCAACCGCAACCCCAAGACAUCCGACCCUUCCAACGACGCCGACAUUCCAUACUCGAACGUGACCAGAUACUACGAAUUCACCAUCACUCGUGGCUCCAUCUCUGCCGAUGGCGUUCUUCGCGACGUCAUGCUCGUCAACAACCAGUUCCCUGGACCCGCGAUCGAGGCCAACUGGGGCGACAUGAUCGAGAUUACGGUCCACAACAAUAUAUCCUACCCAGUGGAAGGCACAUCGAUCCACUGGCACGGUUUCCUUCAGCGUGGCAGCAACUGGUUCGAUGGCGUGCCGUCUGUUAGCCAGUGUCCUAUUGCUCCUUUCCAUUCCUACACUUACCGCAUCCCCGCUCAACUUUACGGGUCCAGUUGGUACCAUGCUCAUUACAGUGCUCAAUACACUGCUGGUAUCGUCGGCCCGAUCAUCGUCUACGGGCCUUCCCAACAAUCGUACGACAUCGACAUUGGACCGGUGUUGUUGAGCGAUUGGUACCACAUUCCAUACUUCAGCAUUGUCAGCGACGCCGUCGGCACUGACCUUUCAGAAAUUCCACCGACCAGCGACAGUCUCCUCAUCAACGGCCGCGGCCGAUUCGAUUGCUCGAAGCCUUCCUACGGCAACGAGACCACCGAGUUGCUCGCCAGCCAUGUCAGCGCAAACCUCACGUGGACCUGCAAGGACGGUGCAGAGCUGUCGAAGUUUGUGUUCCAGCCUGGCAAGACGCACAGACUUCGUUUAAUGAAUGUGGGCGCCGAUGGAAUUCAGAAGUUCACGAUCGACGGACAUCAAUUGACGGUGAUUGCCUACGAUUAUGUUCCAACAACGCCGCAUACGGCCGACUUUGUCACGCUUGGGGUUGGACAGCGCGCGGAUGUGCUUGUGACUGCAAAUAACUACACCACAAACUCGUUCUGGAUGCGAUCGUCUGCUCCCGGCGGUGCUGCUUGUGGAGGCUCGAACAUGGGCGAGGUCAUGGCGGCGAUCUACUACGAAGGAGCAGACACCACCGUAGAACCCACAACCCUCCGUGGAAGCAACGACACCGUCUGCGAGAACGCGCCCCUGAACACCACCGAACCCGAAUACACCAUCACACCGACGCCCGAAGGCGCUUACGUCUUCGACAUCACCCUCUCCCUCGUCCUCAACUCCACCGGCAACUACGAAUGGCGCAUGAACGACCAAACCUUCCGCGCAAACUUCAACUACCCCUCGCUGAUGCUCGCAGCAGAGGGCAACACAUCCUUCCCGGACGACCCGCAAUGGCAAAUCCACAACAUGGGCUCGAACAAAUCCGUCGUCCUGAACGUCACCAACCUCACGCCCUUCGCGCACCCGUUCCAUUUGCACGGCCACAACUUCCACGUCUUAAACACAGGCUACAACGGUACCGUCUGGGACGGCACGGCCGUCAACCCCAAGAACCCCAUGCGCCGCGACGUCCAGAUCAUCCCCCAGGCGGGCUGGGCAGCGCUGAGUUUCGAGUCUGAUAACCCCGGUGUGUGGCCUUUCCACUGCCACGUCGCCUGGCACCUCAGCGGCGGCCUCGCCAUGAACCUCGUCACGCACGCCGACCAGAUCCCCUCGAUCCCCAGCGGCACCAAGGCGGACACGUGCACGGACUGGGACUACUACUCGAAUAACAAUGUCGUGGAUCAGAUUGAUGCUGGAUCAUAG